AUGUCGAACGUAUCAAAACUCGAAUUCGUCGCACUUGACAUCUCGGGAAAUAACUACCUCCCAUGGACCCUUGAUGCGAAAAUUCACCUGACAGCAAAUAAUCUAGGGGCAACAAUCAAUGAUGAGAAUCAAACAUCCGCUCAAGAUAAGGCUAAGGCCAUGAUAUUCCUCCGUCACCAUCUCCACGAAGACUUGAAGAGGGAGUAUCUUAUUGUUGAGGACCCUCUCGAGUUGUGGAAAAAUAUCAAAGAAAUAUUUGACCACCAGAAGCUGGUCUUGCUCCCUAAAGCUCGCUAUGAAUGGCUUCAUUUGAGGCUACAAGAUUAUAAAAGUGUUACCGAGUACAACUCUGCCCUUUUCCGCAUCACCUCUGAGCUUAAAUUAUGUGGUGAAAAAAUAACCGACGAAGACAUGCUUGAGAAAACUUUCUCAACGUUCCAUGCAUCAAACAUGCUCCUGUCGCAGCAGUACAGGGAACGUAAAUUUACAAAAUAUUCUGAAUUAAUAUCAUGUUUGUUGGUGGCGGAGCAAAACAACAAGCUCCUACUACAAAAUCAUCAAGCGCGACCCGUCGGUGCAAGCCCAUUGCCAGAAGCCAAUGCGGCAAAUUAUCAAAGCGGACGUGGGAAAGGUGGCGGUCGCGGUCGCGGCCGUGGUCGUGGUCGUGGACGGAGCAAUACAUGGCGACGAGAAUCUCAAAAUUCUAAAUCUAGUGGUGGUGAAUCGAGCCGACAAAACACAGGACGACCUCCUAGAGGGAGAACUGGCGGGAGCCAAAACAAUAUAUGUUAUAAAUGUGGAAUGUCAAAUCAUUGGUCCCGUACAUGUCGCACCCCUAAACAUCUCGUUGAAGCUUAUCAACAGAUGAUGAAAGAAACAGGAAAAAAUGUUGAGACAAAUCUAAUUGAGAAUGCACUUAAUCUGUCAUCUCCUACACCACUAUCAGACACUCAUCUAGACGCAUCUGACUUCAUUGAAAAUUAG